AUGUCUUCGGGCGGAGUGGUGCGCUCAACCGCCCUCAGGGCGGGCGGCGCCUGUGUUCGCUGCCGCAAAGGAAAGACCAAGUGCGUCUACGAAAAUGGCCGCGCUCCUUGCAAGAACUGCGCAAAGGGCAUGCACGAGUGCUACCUGCCCUCGGAGAGCAUGGCUCAUCAUCACGGCCAGAGCCCAGCUCGCCACGCAAACCCCCAUCGCGCCGCGCGCGACAACAUCCCGGCUGCCGGGCCCGGCGCAUCAGAGGGCAGCAGACAAGCCGUUGUGCCAUCUGCCUCGGCCAGACACGUCCAGGUCACACCAGAAAAGUUGACACCCGAACUCAUUGGAGAAUGCGAGCGGGUCGUCUCCAAGACUUUCCCAGCCUGUGUAGCUUUCCACAAGCCCUCUUUUGUCCAACAGCUCAAAAAUGCCACUUUAGAGUCUAGUCUUGUCUACGGACUCCUGACUUGUGCAGCACGAAGCUCCCCGGCUCUUAUUCGUCGUCAUGGUUCUCCUACUCAAGCCGCCGAAACAUAUGCCUCCAAGGCCGUUUCCCUCAUCAACCAAAACUUGGAUCAUCCCAACCUGGCAGAUAUCCAGGCGCUAUGUCUCAUCGUCAUACAUGAAUGGGGAUCCCGGAAUGCCGUGCGUGCUUACAUCUACCUCGGACAAGCAGCUCGGAUGCUCCAGAUGUAUCGCAUCUUGAACACCCAUCACUCCUCUGAUCAGACCGACCAGUUUCUUCGCGACGAGUCGCUCCGGCGCACAUUGUGGCUUGUUUACAUACUCGACUGCCUCUUGACCAGCACCCCAGGUCGCUACUCUGCUCUCGCACUCCAAGACACAGCGGACGUGUCCCUUCCAUGCUCGGACAUCAACUUUGCCUUUGGCAACGCCGUCCCUGUCAAGACCCUGCCUCAACAUCUUGGCCACGCUGCCUUGUCCCCUAGCCACUCUGCCUUGUCCCCUAGCCACUCUGCGAGCGGGGAGGUGGGCGAGUUUGGCUACAUUGUCCUGGCGUCGACCAUUUGGCGCGACGUUGUCAGCAUGCUGACGGCCACCACCCUGCACACGUUCCGGGAGGAAGACUGCACCGAGCUCGUUGCCAAGAUUGAGGGACUUCGAGCCUCGUUGCCGAUGCAGUUUGUGGACAAGCCUGGCCAAAUCAACCUGCACAUGACCAUGGGCUCGGGCUACACCUUUGCCAUGUUGCAUUGCCUGCUGCACAGCGCCACCGUCUUUGUCCACCGGAGACGCUUGCUUCAGGACGUUGCUGCCCAGAACUUUGACCUCGAGUCGUUCCGGCUGAGCCCCCGGUGCCAUGAUCUCGUCGAUCGCGUCUUUACAGCCUGUCACGGCACAAUCCUGCUCCUGAACGCGGUGGAAGCCGGGGCUGACAAGGAUCAUCCGACCUGCCUGCCCAUUGUGAUGCUGUUCUCCGCCUUCACCGCCAGCGCUACCGUGGCCUACUUGUCCCUGAAGGGGCUUGCCCCGCCAAACGCCGCCGAGACGGCCUCUCACAUUGUCAGAGACGGGCUCAAGUUCAUGCACGAAGGCACCGAAACCUGGCCACUGAUCUCGACCUGGCUCAGACAUCUGACCGUCAUGCAGCGAGUUCUCAACAACGACGCCGCCGCCGGAGGAAACUCGGCCGCUUUGUCGACCCGGCACAAGUCAUCCGGAGGCGGCGGCAUCAAUGACGAGGUCUCGUCCAAUGCCGACACCAACCCUGACGUGAUGGAUUACGACCAUCAGACGGCCGCGGCUCACGGAUCAAGCCGUCGGUCCGUAUCCGGAUCCGCUCGGGGCGACAGCGAGCCGCCCGUCGCCAUUCCUCGGCGCGGCGUCACGACGAUCAACGGCGGCUCGGGGGGCGUGUCGAGCGCCAGCGUCACAAACUCUCCUCCCUCUGGCGGAGCACCUACGGCGGUCAUGCAAGCCGCCGACGUGAAGCAGCAGAGCCCCGACGCAGGCUCGAACGGGAUGGCCGUGAUGCAAGACGGGCAAACCACGAGCCAGGAUAUGACGGCGCCGGAACUGUGCCAGGCUUUUGAGCGGCAGCUCAUUGAUUUGGACGAUCUCGCGGCCUUUAUGGGUGGCGGAGUUUGA